AGAGUGUUGCAGAAGGCAAGGAGCAAGAGCUGAAGCAGGACAAUGUGCUUCUUUAGGGUCAGCCUCCUGCUCUUCCUGGUUCUUCACUCUCAGGUCUCCUUCCUAUUUGCUUGGGCAGAAGUGCUGACCUUUCCAGAAUCCAGACUUGAUCUGAUGAGGCAGAAAAGGGACUUGCAACUUCUGCCUCCAAUAUUGGUCAUGGAGAAUGGCAUCGGUCCCUACCCCAAGUGUCUGCUGCAGGUAGGUAAAGAUGGCAUGACUUUCUACAGUGUCACUGGGACUGGUGCAGACAGACCUCCUCAAGGCAUCUUCAUCCUUGAAAGAGAGACAGGCUGGCUGAUGGUGACCAUGCCAUUGGACAGAGAGACCAAAGACAAAUACAUUCUCUUUCUUCACGCAGUAAGUGCAACUGGGCAGCCUGUGAGGAACCCCACAGAGAUCGUCAUCAAGGUGCUUGAUCAGAAUGACAACAAGCCCCGUUUUACCCAGAGCAUCUUCCAUGGCUCCGUAGCAGAAGGAGCCCCGCCAGGUACCUUUGUGACACAAGUAUCAGCCACUGACAUGGAUGAUGCUGUGAAUUCCUACAAUGGGGUAAUCACCUACUCCCUCGCUAUCCAGACCCCCACAAAGCCACAGAGCCAAAUGUUUGCCAUCGAUAAUAAAACAGGGGUCAUCAGCUUGAACAAACCAGGACUUGACAGAACGGUAACCCCCCAAUACACUCUGAUCCUGCAGGCUACAGACUGCUUAGGAGAAGGUCUUAGCACUACAGCAACAGCAGUGAUCCAAGUGGCUAGUUCCGAUGAGGUCCACCACGCUUUCCUGACUGUCCACGCACUGAACGUGCUCACCGGCCUCCCUGCCCAAGGCCUGGCCAUGCACUUCUCUAAGCUGGAGGAUCCCCAACGUCCGUGGGCAGAGCUCAUGAGGAGCAAGACAAACCCUGAUGGGCGCUUGGACAGAAACAGCCCGAUGCCCAGGGAGCUGAAACCUGGCACCUAUAAGCUGCGCUUUGAGACGAGGGAGUACUGGGAGCAACAAGGAUACAGCAGCUUCUACCCUUAUGUGGAAAUUGUCUUCACCAUCACAGAGGAAGAAAAAGUGCACAUCCCCUUGCUGCUCAGCCCUUAUUCCUACACCACCUACAGGGGAAGCUAGUGGGAGACCGGCCAGCAGGAGGGGCUGCUUCAGCAAACCAGGGUGCCUGUACUGAGAGAGCUGAUGCAGUCCAGCGGAUGGAGAGCUGUGGUUACAUCCACGGCCACCUGUGGCCCAAGCCUCAGGCUGGGGGCUUGGCCAUGAGCAGGUACCUCGUAGUAAAUGUGAGAGUAAUCUAAAGAC